AUGGCCACCGCCAUGGAGGACUUUUCUUCAUGGUUAAGUCGCACUUUGGAGGAGUUAAACACGGAUGAAAGUGUCUUCGGCUCGUACAUUCAAGGCAUUUUAGACAGCGAUGAGUCCUGCGAGGAAAAAUCCGAGGCCCUACAAGGAAUACUUUCGGAAAUAAUUCAAAAUGAGGACGAAAUAAAUAAAAUAUGUAACGAAAUCCUCGAGAAAUGGCAGUUUCACAAACGCAAAGAGCCGCCCCCGGCUCAGAGCACCAGCGAGGACGUGGAUACAAAACUUGUCAAAUUACUAGAAUCUCAGUCAUUGGCCACCACCAAACAAAAAAAGUACACAGAAGAAGAGAAGAAAAUUCGUGAGGCGAUUUUGAUGCAGUACUCGCAAAUGACGGACGAUGAGGACGAGGCCGAGGAUGGGAAUCAGGCAGGGGAUCACAAAGAGAAUGGCUUGGAAAAAAACACAAAUGUACAGUCUGUCCUCCAAGCUGAGAAAGUGAAACGAGAACAGGCCAAACUUGAUAGUCAGAGGAAGAAGGAAAAGGAUAAGGAAGAUAGGGAAAAGCAGAAACAGCUAAGAGAGGAAAAGAAGGAGAAGCGCAAGACUCAAAAAGGGGAAAGAAGAAGGUAGCGACGUUGAAAAUUUGUAGGAUUUUUUUGGUUUUUCUCGUGGUUCUAUUGUGAAUAAUAAAUGUUGAUAAAAUGGUUAUUCUAGUAAGGCAAAAGCGACGAAUAUGUAUUGAGACAAAGUUGAUUUUUACAAUUUUAUGUAUGGAGACGAUUUAUUUUUAUAAACAGUCUGAAUUUAAAAAUGA